CUGGAACCUCGGGCGGGUCGCCGGCCCCCAGCCUCAGCUCUCUGCCCCGGGCCGGGGCGCUCAGGCUCGCCCACGGCGGCACUGGGCAUGCUCAGAGGAGGCCGCGGGGGCAGGAUCGCUUCGCAGGCGCUGGCACUCGGCUGCGGGCGGGCGCGCGGCUGCAGCUGGAGCUCCGGCUCCUGGAGUUGGAGUUGCCGGGAGUUUCCCCCCCCACCACCACCACCCCUCCUUCUUCGCGCGCGGCAGCCGAAGCCGGCGCGGGAGCCGCGAGCCGCGGUCAGCCAGCACCCCGGCCGGCCGAACCUUAUCAGGAGCCCGGAGCCCCCGCGCGGGCAGUCCCCAGGGAGGAGUCUCGCCGUCUGGGACGCGUUCCACGCAGUGGCACUGCUGGGGCACGAGCCGGGCUGCACGAAAACUCACCGUGUGCCCUCCUCGCUUAUUCUACAAUGAGUGCCAAAUCUACCAUCAGCAAGGAAAUUUUUGCACCUCUUGAUGAAAGGAUGCUGGGAGCUGUCCAAGUCAAGAGGAGAACAAAGAAAAAGAUUCCUUUCUUGGCAACUGGGGGUCAAGGCGAAUACUUAACUUACAUCUGCCUGUCAGUGACAAAUAAGAAACCCACACAGGCGUCCAUCACGAAGGUCAAACAGUUCGAAGGCUCCACGUCGUUUGUGCGGAGAUCACAGUGGAUGCUUGAGCAGCUUCGCCAGGUUAAUGGCAUCGAUCCUAAUCGGGACUCUGCAGAGUUUGAUUUGUUGUUUGAAAAUGCUUUUGACCAGUGGGUAGCCAGCACAGCCUCGGAAAAAUGCACCUUCUUCCAGAUCUUGCAUCACACCUGCCAGAGGUACCUCACGGACAGGAAGCCGGAGUUCAUUAACUGCCAAUCCAAAAUCAUGGGAGGAAACAGCAUCCUCCAUUCAGCAGCUGAUAGCGUGUCCAGUGCUGUGCAGAAAGCGAGCCAGGCCUUGAACGAGCGUGGGGAGCGAUUAGGCCGAGCAGAGGAGAAGACAGAGGACAUGAAGAACAGCGCCCAGCAGUUUGCAGAAACUGCACACAAGCUUGCCAUGAAGCACAAAUGUUGAAAAACUGCCUCUCCUGGUGACGCUCUUGAGAGAAAUGGACGAGUUUGUUCAGCAGUUUUUACAAGGAUUCCGGACCUCCACUUGCUUCUUUUUUCCAAUACAUGGACAUUUAGGGUUUUUUGUUUUUUCUUUUCAGAUGUUAAUAUGAAAGAAAAGAUGUUGUGUUUAUACAUUUCCCUAAUGAUCUUGCUAAGAAUGCUGCAGUAGCAUCAGCUU